UAAUUAAAUAAUUAACUUAGUAUAGUUAUGAAAUACGUGACCCUCAGUUGAACUUAUGUAUACAGUAAAUACUUUAAUAAAUAUAGAGAUAAGCAAUACAUGUAUGUGCAAUUUUAAUUAUUACGUAUUUUAUGAAUAUUACUACAAUGUCUUUAAAUAUAUUAAGUAAAACAAAGAAAUUAUCCAGAAAUUUGCUAAGAACUAUCAACAAAAGUCAUUUUCUACAGUUUUCUAAUGCAGCUUCAUUUAAUUGGCAAGACCCAUUAAAUUUAGAAUCACUAUUAACAGAUGAAGAAAAAUUAAUUAGAGAUCAAUUUAGGGCAUAUUGUCAAGAAAAAUUAUUACCACGAAUUAAAGAAGCUAAUAGAAAUGAGGUUUUUGAUAGAGAAAUCAUGUCCGAAAUCGGAGCAUUAGGGGGCUUAGGAUGUACAAUAAAAGGUUACGGUUGUGCGGGCGUAUCUAGUGUAUCUUAUGGACUAUUAACACGCGAAGUUGAAAGAGUUGAUAGCUCUUAUAGAUCAGCUGUAAGCGUACAAUCUUCUUUGGUUAUGGGAGCUAUUUAUUCUUACGGCAGUCCAGAACAAAAGCAACAAUACCUUCCAAUUUUAGCAAAAGGGGAAUACGUUGGUUGUUUUGGUUUAACCGAACCAAAUCAUGGUAGUGAUAUUGGACAAAUGGAGACAAAAGCAAAAUAUGAUUCUUCUUCUAAGACCUAUAUAUUAAAUGGUAGUAAAACUUGGAUUACGAAUUCACCUAUAUCAGAUAUUUUUAUUGUUUGGGCUAGAUGCGAAGACAAUAAAGUAAGAGGUUUCAUUGUUAAUAAAAAAGAACAUGGUAAAGGCUUGGAAGCACCAAAAAUAGAAGGAAAAUUUUCACUUAGAGGCUCAACGACAGGUAUGAUUCUCAUGGAUAAUGUAAAAGUACCAGAAGAUCAUCUACUACCUAAUGUUGUCGGUAUGAGUGGUCCUUUCGGUUGUCUUAACAACGCUCGUUAUGGAAUCGCUUGGGGCGCUUUAGGCGCCGCAGAAAAUUGUUUAGAAAUCGCUAGAAAUUAUACGCUAGAGCGAAAACAAUUUAAUAAACCUCUAGCCGCUACUCAAUUGAUGCAGAAAAAAAUGGCUGAUAUGAUAACUGAGAUUUCUUUAGGUUUAAUGGGAUGUUAUCAAGUUGGGCGAUUAAAAGAUCAAAAUUUGCAUACACCUCAAAUGAUUUCGUUAUUGAAAAGGAACAAUGCUGGUAAAGCUCUAGAUAUAGCUAGAACUGCUCGUGAUAUGUUAGGGGGAAAUGGAAUAUCUGAUGAGUAUAAUAUUAUCCGUCACGUUAUGAAUCUUGAGGCUGUUAAUACUUACGAAGGUACUCAUGAUAUUCAUGCGUUGAUUCUAGGACGAGCAAUAACAGGAAUAGCAGCGUUUUAAUUAUUGACAGAGAAAUUUUAUAUAUUUUUAUAUAUAUGUUGAAAAAUAUAAGUUUUAUUUUAAAUU